AUGUCCGAGCCUAUCAGAAAUAAGAAGCCAGAUUUCCCGGUCGCUCCGACCCCGCAAAACACUCCCGCAAACAAUGCCCCAAUCUCUUCUCACGCCCAGCAGCCUGGUGUGUCCAGCAUUAAGGAAGAAACCCUGGAUAACGCGGCUGCGGCCUCGCUUUUCGCCCGUAACCCCGCGCUGGUGUCGAUGAUUCAGGGCAAGCUGGGCCAGCUCGUCGGCCGCUCAUCCGGCUACAUCGAGUCCCUUCCCGCCCCAGUCCGCCGCCGUGUCGCUGGUCUGAAGGGAAUCCAGAAGGAGCACGCCAAGUUGGAGGCCCAGCUCCAGGAGGAGGUACUGGAGCUGGAGAAGAAGUACUUCGCCAAGUUCAGCCCGCUGUACGAGCGCCGUUCGACCAUCGUGAACGGAAGCGUUGAGCCUACCGACACCGAAGUGGAGGCUGGCAAGGAGGGCGAAGAGGAAGAGACCAAGGAGGGCGAGGAAGAGAAGAAGGAGGAGGAGGGUGAGCCGAUGAACGGUAUCCCCGAGUUCUGGCUCUCCGCCAUGAAGAACCAACUCUCGCUUGCCGAGAUGAUCACCGACCGUGACGAGGAGGCCCUCAAGCACCUCACCGACAUUCGCAUGGAGUACCUCGACCGUCCUGGCUUCCGCUUGAUUUUCGAGUUCUCCCCGAACGAGUUCUUCAGCAACAAGACCAUCAGCAAGACCUACUACUACAAGGAUGAGAGCGGCUACGGUGGCGACUUCAUCUACGACCACGCCGAGGGUUCCAAGAUCGAUUGGGCCGAUGAGAAGGAUCUGACUCUCCGCCUGGAGAGCAAGAAGCAGCGGAACAAGAACCCGUAUUGUCAAGAUCAGCGUACCCACCGAGUCCUUCUUCAACUUCUUCUCCCCCCGCAACCGCCCACGGAAGAGGAGGAGGAGGAUGACGACGAGUCGAUUGCUAGUGAUAUUGAGGAGCGUUUGGAGCUGGAUUACCAGCUGGGUGAGGAUAUCAAGGAGAAGCUCAUUCCUCGUGCGAUUGACUGGUUCACUGGCGAGGCUAUGCAAUUUGAGGAGCUGGGUGAGGAUAUUGACCCUGAUGAGUUUGAAGAUGAGGAUGAUGAGGAUGAGGAUGAGGACGACGAGGAUGAGCGAGGAUCGGACCGUGACGUGGAAGAUGACUCGGAUGAGGAGGAUGGUGCCUCUAAGCCUAAGAAGGAGGCUGCUGAGUGCAAGCAAAACUAG